AUGAAGACCAUGGAGACCCAACAAGUUGUCGUCAUGAAGGGCCAGAUUUUCCUGCUGUUCGUGCUCAUGGGCGUUGCUGCAGCAGAGCACAAUGGGCGAAGACUCAUGGGGCAUUCUACCUACACCUCUGUUAAGCAUACGGAACUGCCAGCCUUGCAGCAAUCAGAUGGCCACAACAGAGAUCUGAAGCUGCUCUUUAGUCCGAAUUCGGAUGGUGGCUCUGGGUUGGGCUUCUUCGGUGCCCUGGGCUCUCUGAUUAGUAGCAUAAGCGAAGAUGAGGACAACGGCGACAGGCCAGGCAGGCCGAAGCCUCCGAUGCCUUUCCUCAGGAGGGGGAAGUGCCAAUGUGGUGGCCGCGUCCAAAAUGACAUUGUCGAUGAUUUCUUCCGAUACUGCGACAGCCCGGAUGGAAACUGCUGCAGUCACAUGAGCACCGCUGGAGCUGGUGAUCUUCAGGGAUGCCCGUGCGCAUCUUCAAUUGCUUGUCAGAUUGCCCCUUUCAACGGCGCAGAGAUCAUGGCUGGGUGCGGCUACAACUACGUCUGCGGAUUAUGA